AAAACACCCCACCUUCACCUUGCGAACAUUGAAACUGGGACACACAAUAUUGCAACAACGUCGUACCUUGGACCUACCUAAUCUCUUUACAUUCCUAGGUACUAAUUAAUUGGCUAGAAUUCUUCAUUGGUUCAAACACCUUUCCAUAUUCAAGUUUCUGGUGUUAGGGAUCGUAACCGUACCUGGGAUAGUAGUUUCCCACUCUCUUCGCCUUGCCACACAACGCAACUAUCCGUUGCUCGGAUUGCCCGCAGCAAACAGCACUUAUUACGUCCCUCGAUACUCGGGUGCUUAUCCAUUCAUCGCUCGACCAACCGAGUUUUCUUACAUACAUCCAAGCACUCUGCUCACCCAUCCACCACGAUGCCAGGUGUUGAUAUGGCGCCCCUUGUGGCCGACGACAUGAGAGUCCUGGGACAGGACCCUCUCAUCCCACCGGCUUUGCUUAUCUCUGAGAUCCCCAUGACCGAUGCUUCGUUGCAGACGGUCGUUAAGGGUCGAAGAGAUGCGGUUUCUAUUAUUAUGGGCCGCAACGACCGCCUCUUGGUCGUUGUUGGGCCCUGCUCUAUCCACGAUCCGGCCAUGGCGCAUGAGUACGCUCAGCGUCUCAAGAAGCUUUCCGAGAAGCUGUCAAAUGAUUUAUGCAUCAUCAUGCGUGCUUACCUCGAGAAGCCGCGGACAACCGUAGGCUGGAAGGGUCUUAUUAAUGAUCCCGAUAUCGACAACAGCUUCAAGAUCAACAAGGGUCUCCGUAUAUCUCGGCAGAUGUUCAGCGACCUGACUAACACCGGUGUACCCAUCGCCAGUGAGAUGUUGGAUACCAUCUCUCCACAGUUCUUGGCAGACUUCAUCUCCGUCGGUGCCAUUGGUGCUCGCACCACAGAGUCGCAACUGCACCGUGAACUAGCGUCUGGCCUCUCAUUCCCCAUCGGUUUCAAGAACGGCACUGACGGCAACUUAAACGUGGCUAUCGAUGCUAUCGGAGCUGCGGCUUCCAAGCAUCACUUUAUGGGUGUGACCAAGCAGGGUCUAGCGGCCAUCACACGAACCAAGGGCAAUGAGCACGGCUUCGUCAUCCUCAGAGGCGGGAGCAAGGGUACUAAUUAUGACAAGGAGAGCAUCCAAAAUGCCAAAGAAACCUUGAUUAAGAAGGGACAGAAGCUGGCUAUUAUGGUUGAUUGCUCACACGGAAACUCGAACAAAGACCACCGAAACCAACCCAAGGUUGCUAAGGUCAUCGGCGACCAACUGCGAGAAGGCGAAAAAGCCAUCAUUGGUGUUAUGAUCGAGUCCAACAUCAACGAGGGCAACCAGAAAGUCCCACCGGAGGGGCCGUCAGGGUUGAAAAAGGGCAUCAGCAUUACUGACGCUUGCAUCGAUUGGGAUAGCACAGUCGAAGUCCUUGAAGAUCUCGCGGCUGCAGUCCGGGCUCGCAGAGAGAAGAAUGGAUCGCCGAAUACCAAUGGCAGCGAACAAGAGCCCAAAACCACUCUUAUUGAAGAAGAAUAGGCAUUCCCGAUGGGAAUGCAUUGUAUUGGCUUGUGAGCAUCAUUGAUUUUGGGCGCGUCAAAAGUUGGUACCUGGCUCGGAGUGAUUUCAGUUGUGAUAAAAAGAAGUGGACCUGACCUAUAUAUGAGGAUUGAUGAUUAUCGAGGAGGUAAGGUAUCGGGAAAAUCAACUCAACAAUCUAGCAACUUGAAUGGGAAAGCAUCCCCACCCAAAAGAAGAAGAAGAAAAAAAAGAGUAGGCGUUAAUAGACGAAAUUCCAAAAUUAGAAGGACACUUGGUUUUUUAGUGCUCAGUAGAUAGAUCAUACUGAGCUUGCAGUAUGGCGAGAGCUUCAACAUGUACGCCAAUGGUUGUAAAUUAGACCCAAUGUAGUCAGUAACAGAACACAAU